AGCCGGCAUCAGAGGCUGGUGCAGCCGGUAGCGGUGGACCAGAGGCUGCUGCAGCCGGGGGCGGUGGAUCGGGAGAUGCCGCCGGAUCCACCGUCUCCGAGGAUCCCGCGGCCGCGGCCGAUGUUGACGACGCGCCCCCAGAGGAGGGGGAGGGGAGCGCCAAGAAGCAAAAAUUAACCGAUCCCUCCGCUAAGCCACCUGGAAAAGAAAUCGUAUACAAGUUUCAAAACAGCUGGAAAUCAGGGAGGCCUUGGCUGAGAUAUGACAUUGUAAAGAAAAAAAUGUUCUGUGACAUUUGUAUCCAGUAUGACACUGUAAGCAAGAGAAAUGUGUUUAAGGAGGGGUGCACAGAACUGCGUUUUCACUAUGUCACCCGGCAUGAAGCUCUACCCAGCCACACAAAGGCAGAAGAGAAAAAGAACGCGGCCACACUUCCUGUCAAUGAACGCCCUAUGGACAGAGCUAUACAGAGGAUGGAGCAGAAGGACAUGGACAAAAUGCAGGUUCUGUUUCGCACGGUAUUCUACCUUGCAAAGAGAGGGCGUCCGUUUAAUGAUUUGAAGAGCAUUAUGGAACUUCAGAAACUAAAUGGAACUGCACAUGUUGGUGACACAUAUGCAAAUGACAAGCAGGCCAAGACUUUCACUCACUUCAUUUAUGAAGAUAUGCGGCGAAAGUUGGUAGAAAAAGUCAGAAAUUCAGAAUGGCUUUCAAUACUGACUGAUGGGAGCACUGACAGAGGCCGUAUUGAGGAGGAAGUUGUGCUUGUUAGAUACCUGCUUGACAAUGCUGAACCCGUGACAACAUUUGUAGCAUUGAAGUCUCUCCAUCGAGGGGAUGCAGCAAAUAUCACCGAGGCCAUCAAAAAGUGCUAGAGCGUGACCUAGACCUGCAAGAAGAAACAUGGACAAAGAAGCUACCUGCAGUUUGCAUGGAUGGAGCAGCAGUAAACUUCGGCUGCAGAGUAGGUGUCGUCACAAGGUUGCAGGAGAAGGUCCCAUCUUUGAUUCCAAUCCACUGUUGUGCACACCGACUUGAAUUGGUAGUGAAGGAUAUCCUAAAGAGGGUGCCAUUCUUUCAAGUCGUAGAGGAUCUGCUGAUGUCUCUUUACAGGUUCUACCACUGGAGUCCACUGAACUGGGAUGAGUUAAAGCGCAUGGGCGAGGCAUUCAACAUCGUCAUCCUCAAGCCGCCCAAAGCCAGCGGGACACGGUGGCUGCCUCAUCACGAGAGGGCAGUAGUAGCAGUUACUAGGGACUUUCCUGCCUUAGUACAGCAUUUGGGCGAAGUUGCUACACAAGCAACUGGAGAAAGGAAGCUAAAGGCUGCGGGACUCUACAAGGUCAUAAGAACCUUGAAGUUUGCUUCCUUCUUAAACUUUCUAAGAGUCUUCAUUCCAUCAAUGUCAGGUCUGUCGCAUCUGUUUCAAGUGAAUGACUCAACUGUGGAAAUGGUGGCUACAAAGGUACAGGCCUUGGUAACACAUUUCAUCAAACUACAAACAGAUGAGCAAAAGUUGUCAUCAAUUCUACACAAGGACCUCGUCAUCAAUGACGAGGAGGGUGUAGAGCAAGCAACAUGGUUUGAAACACCACUUGUGGUGAAGAGCACCCUGAGGCAUUCACCUUCCACCAGUGCUGGAGUCAUGGAAGAAAGCAUGAAAAAUGCACAAGAAGUUUUAGGCCAGACAAUUGGAAAACUGGGAGAGCGGUUUGAUAGCUAUAUAGCCAACCCAGUUCUGAAAGCGGCCAACUGUUUUGACAUGGGCAACUGGCCAUCGGAAGAUGAUGAUGAUGACGACAUGGAAGAUUUUGGAGCAUCACAAGUAGAAGCCAUCUACAAACAUUACAAACGUAUUAUGGACAUGAAAGGUUUCUCACUGGAAACAGCGCAAGCCGAGUGGACAGAGCUGCAGGUAGUCCUGAAAAGGAAGUACCCAAACAGGGAUAAGAAGUUUAUUAAGCUGUGGCCAAGUGUCCUCAGGUCCUUCCAAGACACAGGUCGCUUUGAUAACAUCUUUUCCAUCAUCAGGCUCCUACUCAUCAUUCCAAUCCACACAUCUGAAUGUGAAAGAACCUUUUCUCACAUGAACUUUGUGAAAACAGACUGGAGGAGUCGCCUUCAGUCAAGUGCCCUGACAUCCUUACUGAUGAUUAAGCUUUCUCCCACAACACUGGAGGCUUUCGAUCCAACAAACAGCAUCAGCCUGUGGUACGAUGGUGGAAAGAGAAGGCCUGCCACACAGCCGUAUGGGAGCAGGGCUGGAAGAAACGAGCAUGAGUAUGCUGAAUCAGAAGUAUCUGACGAAACGGAGGACUCAGAUAAUUGAGGCAAAUAAACACAGAUGAUACUUGCAUUGUUCAUGUUUUGUUUUUAAUGUGUACUAAAUCUUCUAUAUGCAG